UAAACAAGAAAGAAAAAAAAAAGAAAGCAAAGAAGAAUUGCUGUAUAUCCUCCGAAUAUAAUAUUUCUUUCUUUCUUUCUCUUCUUCCUUUUUUUAUUCUUUUCUUUUUCUUUUAAUUUUAUUUUCGACGAAGGGCCUACUGCAUUCGUUCUCUUGCAUACAUCCAUACGUAUAUACAUAUCUACACGUGUAUACGUCACGGAGAGCGUAUCUCCGGGUUUCCACGUACGCGCAAGGCUUUCGAAAUAAAUCGAUAAGAUCUCGAGUUGGACACGUUUCAAAUUAAUGUCAAUGCGUCGCGAACGCGUGCGUCCGCGAACAGAAGGAGUUUAUUAAUGCCUCUCGCCUUGUUGUUCACUCGACUUUUGCAUCGUGACCGCGUCGUAGCGUUAUCGCGUUUUCAUGCAAAGCAGUGGCCGUUUUGUCUGCUUGCUGGAAGGAGAUGAGAGAGAAAGUUUGCGUUCCUACGAGAUGUCCGUGACGAAACUCGAGCGUCUUUCGUUCGUGCUUUCUUCGUUUUCAACAUUGGAAAGAUGGAAAGAAAGAAAGAAAGAAAGAGAGAGAGAGAGAGACUAAUAUUUUCCUAAAUCAUCGUCGUAAUAAUAAUUAUACUCGUUACAUUCAAUUACAUUGCACUCUUGGAAGAUUCUCGUCUAUCUUUAGAAAGGAAAAAGAGAAAAAAGAAAAACUAAGAAAGGAACAAAAAAAGAAAAAUAAAAGGACUGACAUAUUUCAAGUGUAUUUUAAAUCCAAUUUUACUCGAUAGAGACUUCUAGAGUUGGACGGGAACACACUCUCGUUAGAUAGUUUGAGUAGAAGGGAUAAGAGUGAUUUAUCGGUGAUUCGAGAGCGCUCGCCAGAGUCGGAAAGUCGCGGUCUCAUCCACGUAAUCGAUGAAUAGCGCGAAAUUCGAGUGAGCUAUAUCGACGCAUAAUUGGCACCUUGGAGAACUCAAGCCUUUCGAGCGUCGACUUUCUAACGUGCCGAUCGAACGAUGGUUAUUUAUGGGGCGCAAUUAAAUUAAUUAAUCGAGGCGAAGCGUGAUAAGCGGACGAAAUGGCCGCUAAGCUUGCGCAAUCCUUUCGCUGAGGUUAAUUGCGAAAAUGGCAUCUCGAUGUAAUAUGGGUAGAGGUAUAGACGAUAUAGUCGGCCGGUCUAUCGUUUGCCACGCUUUUCUGAUGGAUCCAUCGGCGAGAGUAAAGCGACUAAUGGCAUCGCUCUCGAACUAGGAAUCGAUCGAUCGAAUUAGAGGAUUUGCGAUGGCUUAUAGAUAGGAGAGAAAAGAGGCGAGAAGGCAAGAGAAGAGAAGAGAAGAGAAGAGAAGAGAGGAGGAGAGGAGAAGAGAAAAAAGGAGAGGAGAGGAGAGAAGAGGAGAAGAAAAUAAAUGACGAAGAAAGGAGAGGCAGUGAUCGAUGACGACCGAAGGACCAAUAUUCGAGCCAACAUGCCAAUCCGGAUGCCAGUGAAGAAGAAGUGUCUCUACCUGUAACUAAUUAAUAUGUUACUUAGCUAGUUGAAUUAGUAAGUGAUAUGUUUGAUCUAUAUCUCCGCGGUGACUGUGGAUGACACUGACGUGAUAGAAUUUUUAUCAACUAAAACGCGCGAGUGAAUUUCGUCUGUAUUUUUCAUCGUCGUGUUUUCGGAGGGAAAAAGGGAAGAAAGAAGAAAAGAUAGAAAGAAAAAAAAAAAGAGUGUAUUACUUCUCGAUUUAUUCGCUCCUCCGUCCUUUUUUUCCCUCUUCGCGUGUAAAGAAAGACAAACGAGUGGUAACUUAUCUUUAAAUCAUUCAGCGAGAAUUCUCUCGCCUGCGGUAUUUCUCUCGCGAUCUAUCGAUCUUUCGGGAGUGAAGUGAAACAGACGUUCUUCAAAGAGGAAAACGAUCGGAAGUAGUAGAAAGGGAGCGAGUAGUAAACGGGCGAGUGCAGUGACUGACUUACAUCGGGAACGCCAACCUGCAAUCAAGGUUCAUGGUUUUCAUGAUGGAAAGUGUCGGAGAAGAUCGGAACGAAGUGCGAUCGUAUACUGAAUAAUGCAACGACUGUAAAGAAGAGGAGAAGGAGAGUGUUAUAAAAGGAUACAGAAAGGAUAUAAGCAGGCACGGGCUAAAGCCUUUGGCUCGUCCAACGUCUCGCCGUAGUCGAUACCAAGAAUUAAUGCGAAAUCCGGUCUUUAAGCGAACGUGGCUUAAACCAAGUCUCCAAGAGAAUCUCGCGGAGGAGAGCGAGCUCUCGAGCAAGCGGUGGGCCAGUGCGCCCCGCCGCCCGGACAGCCCCUGCGUCCUGGGGGCACCGACGUCUAGGGAGGCGGCGGGACCGCCGGUGCAGCUGGAACCAGUGGACCUGUCCGUGAAAACUCCCGUGGUGUUGCAGGUGCCUCGGUAUAAUCCAGCGGUGAUAAUUAGUGCCGCUGCAAGAAGAGUACCUUCACCUUCGACAACGCCUACACCACCACCAGCUUCUCUCUACGUCUCUUCAACCGUGUCGCCAACCUUGCCAUCUUUGGGGGAAGCAGCAUGGGAAAGGGAACAGGAACGAGAUCGGGAAAGAGAGAGGACACGAGAAAGGGAAAGAGGGCGAGAAAGGACUGGCGAGAACGAGAGGGAACGACAACAGGAACGGGAGAGCGCGAUCAGGGAGAGAGAAACGCGAGAUCGAGAGAGAGAACGAGAUCGCGAUCGUGAGAGACAAAGGGAAAGAGAAAGAGAGAGGGACGUAUCCGUUUGCGUGAUGGAACCACCCGACCCAGUAUUCGUAUCAUCCCCUGCAGCCCUCCUCGCUUUGCAAAGGAUAAAGGAAGCAUCUCUUGUCUUUCACAAACGACCAACGCUGGCGAGUGGCAUCGGAUUGAGCGGUAGAGCCAACGCCGGCGUGGGUGGAAACGGAGCUAGUUUAGGGGUCGACAGUGAGUGCGGCGACGCGUUGAAGAGGCGCAAGGUUCACAGAUGUGACGUAGCAGGUUGUGACAAGGUCUACACGAAAAGUUCCCACCUGAAGGCACACAAAAGGACUCACACUGGAGAAAAACCGUAUCAAUGCACGUGGGAAGGCUGCACGUGGAAGUUUGCACGUUCGGACGAGCUUACGAGACACUAUCGCAAGCACACCGGCCAAAAACCGUUCAAGUGCCAUCUCUGUCAGCGAUCGUUUUCUCGGAGCGAUCAUCUCUCUCUACAUAUGAAGAGGCAUUGAUAAGCUCGACGUCCGAAUGCGACGAAGAUAGAUAUUACGAGAAGAAGAACACAGAAAGAGAAAAAGAGAGGGAGAGAGAGAAAAGAACGGUGGAUAGCGGAAAGAAGAAGGAAGCUGUUAAGCUCAAACUUAUCGACGCAACCACCGAAAAAAAAAUCAAUAUUUAAAGACUACGACGACGGAAACGACGAUUUUACAUCGGGACCUGAAGAGCUUAGGCACUAAUUUAGGAUAGUCGUCUCAUUAAGGACGACAAAGCCUGGCUGAAUGAAACUAGAGAAGAAAGUUGAAGAAUUUUUAGAUCGUUCGUUAGAUUUAGAGCUUUUUCUUUAUUUUUCCCUUCUUUUUUGUUUUCUUUUUGUAUUUCUUUUUUUUUCUCUCUCUUUUUAACACGACGAUUAUCUCACGCGAUUAUCAUAUUUCUCGACGCUCUUUGUUUUCCUGCGAACUCUAAUAUUAAAAAUUUUCCCGUUCGAUUUUUGUUUCUCUCGCCAAUCAAAUUCCUACGUAGUAUAUAUCGCACACUGCUUUUCAAUCUUUUUUGUAUCAUUCGACUAUUUAUUUUUUUCUUUCUUUCGAAAUCUCCUACGUAUUCGUUAACGAUAUUAUCGUCGUAAAUCUCGACGAGUAUAACGAGUCAAAGUUAUGCGGAUUAAAUUAUAUCGACGUAGGUUUAAAGAGAAAAAAAGAAAAUAGAAAAAAAUAAAAAAAGAAAAAUGCGAAAACAAAAUAAAGUCGAUCGCAAUGUUUAGAGAGAAAAUCUGCAAAAAUAUCAUCGAUAGGCUAUUAACUAUAAUACAUAACUUCGAUCAUUAUGCACAAAGAAUUUCGCGUUUAGAAACGGACAAUCAUUUGCGUUUCGUUGAACGAAAGAUUAGAAGACAUUCUAAAAGGUCAGUAUUACAAGUGCAUUAAGCAAUAUCGUCGUGGCAUUAAAUCAAUGCUUCUUCGUAUAUAUACAUACAUACAAAAACACACACACACACACACACACAUACAUAUAUAUAUUUUUUUUCUUUUAGUCGUGCGCUCUUCGAUCGUUGGAAAAAUUUUUUUUUCUUUUUUUAAACAAAAAAGAGCAAGACGACGUAGGCGUUAGUUCGUCGAACGAAUAAUUUUUAAUAGCCUCGCGUCAAGGUGCCAAAUAGAAACAAAAAAAUAAAACAGAAAAUAAAACAAAAUGUACUGUAGAAUGAAAACAAUGGUGCAAGGAUUUUUUAUACGUACGCGUUUAAAAGUGUUAAAAUUAAAUAAUCGAUUGUAAUAUAAGACAAAAAACGCUCAUAUCAGAAUUUUGUACGAUCACGAAAAAAUAUAAACAAAUUCGGGCAUCCUUGAAUGAUCGUGAUCGUGAUAAUUUUGGAUAACUCGAUGAAACGGCAGCCUUGACGUUAAAGCCUAAUUAAACAGCUUCGUUUAGCACGAGAGAGAUAAAAUCGAAUGGAUCAUUCGACUUUGCGCUUCUAACGUAAGGAUCGCAAAUAUCACGGGACCUCGCAAAUCAGCACGCAUUUACUCGCAACUAUUUUGUGCUUAGAGAUAAAAGAUUUCGAAGAUAAGAGGGAAUAAGCCGAAGAGAGAUUGGUCGAAAGAUGAUCGACCUAAUUGCGAAUGUUACGUUGACGAAACGGAUUGAUUUCCUUUUUAUUUCGCUAAUACGCUAAUUACGUUCAACGUAAGUUCAAUAACGAAAAGGACGACGAUGACGAGGACGAUGACGACGACGACGAUGACGACGACGAUGAUAAUGACGAGUACGACGGUCGGUGGUAAAUUAACAUUGUUACGUGUUGUAUUCCGAUAGGUAAUAGUGCCUUCUAAGAUUAAGGAUGAGAACGCUGCGUUAGGCCUUAAGUAUUACUGCUAGUGCCUUAAGUCACGCGAAUCUUCGUGCUUGUACACCUUUCAUAAUCCGACCCUUCGAAUCCUCGCCCGAAGGAACGGGCAAAAUCUUCACAACUCGUAUGCGUUUAACGUCUUCUCGAUACGAGAGUCGCAAAUCGUGCUCGAACUUUCACUCCUCGUGACUCGCUGCACCGUGGUGUCUAGUUCGUCGAUCGGUCUGUCGUCGAAACUCGGAAAAGUUAUUUUGCUAACUGUUCUGAUCCUGACGCUUUCAAAAAAGGAAAAAGAAAAAAAAAGAAAAAAAAAUACCUAUAAAGAACAAUAUAUCUAAUCUUCUUCGUCGUUUCAAAUUAACAAUAACACCCUAUUUGGAACUCAAUGGAAACAUAAUCAUUAAUAUAUUCGACAUAAAUUUCGAACGAUUCGAAAUCCUAUGUAUUAUGUGAGUCACGAUUAGUUUUCCUUGUAACAUUAUUAUUAUUAUUAUUUCUGUCGUUAAUAUUUUCCCACGCGCUAUAUAUAAUUGAAAAUUUCCAUAAUGAAGGUCGAUGAAACUAAGUACGUGGCCCUGGGGAUAUCGGUCUCGUUAAAGAAAGCUAAUCGUAGAGACACGAGGACGGGCGUGUCAUCUUGUUCGAUGCAAAAGCGCGAAACGCAGAGGAGCUCUAACUGCUCCGGGUAGCUUGUAAAUAAUUUUCGCAUCGUCGUCCGCGCGAAAUUCAAUCUGAAAAUGGACGAGGUGCCACCCAAGAGGCCGUUUUACGAUCUUGAUGACUGAUACCGUUGUACCUUCCUUGUAGGGAAUUUCUUCGGGCUUGAACAGCCGACAGUAAUCUGAGCGCAGUGCGGGCGAUGAGAAAUGUAUACUGACGUCACGCCGACACCAUCCUUGAUCAUUAUCAUUUUUUUUUCUCCUACUACUCGCGCGAACGCACGCCAGGUCGUGCACUUACUUAUGUAUAUAAAGUAGAUCCCUUUCAACCCUCCCACCCCUUCUUCUUCUUCUUCUUCUUCUUCUUCUUCUUCUUCUUCUUCUUUUUCUUUUUCUUCUUUUUCUUCUUCUGCUUCAUCUUCUUCGUUCUUACACGUUAAGAUUUCAAAUACGAGAUCGCCCUUGAAUCUGAGAAAAAAUUUCAACGAACUAUGACGAUCGCGUGCAUUAAGUUCACUGCAGAAUCAGCCAACUUAAGUUUCACGACGGUAAGGUAAUGCGAGACCUAUUCGAUCUAUUUAUUAUAAUAAAACUCGGCCGGUCGAAUCGAUGAAUGGCCAAGAAAAUAAAGGAUUCAAAUUUACCGUCCGAUUUUUCUUUUUCUUUCUAGGGCCGAUCCAAGGAAAAAUUAUAGCAUUUCAAGUGCCUUAAAAUAUGUUGUUCGACCGGUCGAGAUCCUUUCGAGAUUCUAUUCGUUAAGAAUUCACUUUUCGUUGCUGAUUAUCAUGAGAUUAUCAUCGAUGAUCGAUCUUGAAAGAAUAUCGAAUUAAUAUUAAUAAAAAAAAAAGGAAAAGACGAAAAAAAUGUUAGAUAUAAUCGUUCGAUUUCCUCUGUGGAAAUAAAUCUCGCUAACGGUUCCUAGAUUCGUCCUAAAAUUCGUUAUAUUUUAUUGUUCGCGUUAACUUCGUUAUUAAAAAUUUCAUUGUUACUAUAUUAACUAUUUACUUUCGUUCGUGCAUUAAAAAGAUGCAUCGAAUUAUAAUAUUGCAGGGUAGAAAGAGUUUCAUAUACGAAUAAUCUAUAUAAUCUUAUUAUAUCUAAAAAAUGUAACAAUAAUUUUACUAACCUUUGCAUCGCUAUGACACAAAAAUAUUUAUUGCUUCACUUUUCCUAUUAAAAAAAAUAUAUAUAUAUAUAUAUAUAUAUAAAUGCACAAGUGCCCUCUCUCUCUCUCUCUCUCUAUCUCUUUUUCUCUCUGUCUCUCUUCAUCUCUCAUAGUUUAUCUCUGAUAAAAAAAAAUAAAAGAAAAAGAAAAAACUUACAAAAGAUAUCAACGUUAAUUUAUUAAAAGUAGACUAUCAUAAAAAUAAUCUAUUACAUAAAAACGAAUUUUAAAAAUUACAAAAAAACAUAGCGAUGCAAGAAAGGGCUAGUUAUAACAUCUAAUAACUUAUUUUAAAUGAAAGAACAAGAAUCGUAGAUUAAAUUGAAUGAUCGUUGAAAGAUAGAACGUAGUAUACUUCGUAAAAUGAAACAAACAAAAAGACGAUUUAUUUAUUUACAGGGUGGUUCGAAAGUUCCUAUAGGUGACCUUAAAAAUCAAUUAUUCUUUGUCGAAACUUAUCAGGCUAUAUUUCUUUUCGUCAGAAUUGUGAAAAAAUACUACAAGCUAAGCUCGCUUUAAGAGUAAUUAAUUUUUAAAAUCACCUACCCUGUAUCUCUCUCUCUCUCUUUCUCUCUCUCAUUCUCUCUUCUUAACGUCCUCUAUUUAUUUUCAUUUAUUCUAUACUCUAUCAAUUUCUUUACCUUUUGUUUACAUCCUCUUCUCACUUCGUUCAACCUUCUAUCCUUGAAUAUCACCGUUCGAUCGAUGUAAUUGAAUUCGUUAUAGAAUUCCUACAUUUUCUUAAUCUUCUUGUCGAAAUAUAGUGACUAAUAACCUUCUUCGAAAUUAAGAUAAUUCACAAAUUAUCGAAAAGAGAACAACGCAAAACUACGUCACUACAAAGUACGUGAAAAAUGUCUAUGCUCCUCUAUGCUUUCUCUCCCUCCAAUUCUUUAUCCUAACUAAUAUUCUCUAUUACGAAGAUUUAAUUCUAAUACAAAAUCGUAAUUCAACGCGUAUCAGCUCGAUCGACGGACGAUUAACCUAAUCGAUGUUAUGGCCAAAAUCAUAUGGCCUACGGCAUUGUACUGCAUGACGAAUAAUAAACGAAACUAUUAGAAUAUAAGAAUAGCCAAUAUAGAGGAGCAAUAAUUGUUGUAAAUAAAUAUGUAAAGUUUAUUCGUUGAAUAUAUCUCGUUGAUGGACAAUUAGAGGAAGAAAAAACUAUAAUCUAGAAUAAUCUUUCUCGAUAUAACUAUAUAUGUAUAUUAAUAUAAUCAAUGGGGGCCAGUAAUUCUCUCUCUAUAUCUCUAUUCCUGUCUCUCUCUCCCUCUCUUUUUCUCACUCUUUCUAUUUCUUUCUCUCUCUCACUCUCUCUCUCUCUCUCUUUCUCACUCUCACUCAGACUCUCACUCUCUCUCCCUCUUUAUCUCUUUAUCUCUAUCUCUUACCUGCGCUCUUAGAUCUCGCACGGACUUACACACAAAUUAUGAGCUGCGUCGAAUAAAACUGAUUCCAAAUUUUCCUUCUAUAUUUUCGUCGUUCUCGAAAUUAGCGAAGAAAAAUAAUCUGCUAUCUUACUACGAUGCUUACCGCAACACGUCUAAACGCGUACUGUGACUCGACCUAUGUAAGUACGUGUUAUCCAGCCGAACGACCUACCUUAAGGACAAACAAACAAUGUUCGUAUAUGUUCGUAUUCAUUCUGACUGUCAUUGUUACUACAAAAACUGUUUUCUUACGAUGUUUAUCUUAACAAGUUUAGACACGUAACUACUACGACUCGAUUUACGUAUUGAUAUCCGAACGAACGAUAAAGAAACAAAUAAUACAUACAUUCGUAUCAAUGAAUACUCUGAGGCUAUAACAAAAUAAAGACUCGUUUGUAAAAGAUGAUGGAAGAGAAGUGAAAAUUUGGAAGAUAAAAAAAAGAUAAGAUAUCACGACUGCGAGCCACUAACUAUUUUACUCUACGUAUGGUGUAUGUUGCAUAUGAACGUAGAUACAGACAACAAUAGUUAAUAAUAAUUAUAAUUAUAAUGAUAAUUAUAAUAAUAAUAAUAAUAAUAAUAAUAAUAAUAAUAAUAAUAAUGAUGAUAAAAAAAUAAUAUUAAUAUUAAUAAAAUAAUAAAAAUAAUAUUAAUAUUAAUAAUAAAAAUAAAAAUAAAAAUAAUAACAAUAACAAUAACAAUAAUAAUAAUAAUAACAAUAAUAAUAAUAAUAAUAAUAAUAGUAAUAAUAAUAAUAUAUUACGCGCGAGCUCUCACAUUGUAUAAAGGAUUGCAUUAAAAUUAACUUUAUACUUUCUACCGUUCUAACGCUACUCUCGUUCGCCGACGUCUCUGUCGCGUCGUCAGGGAAGAUUCUCCCGUUAGUGCAUUAAAAUAAAAACGUUUGUAUAUAUACAUAUGUAUGUAUGCAUUAUACAUAUGUAUUUAUACAAAAAAAAAUAUAUAUAUAAACGUAUAUAUAAAUAUAGACAAAUAUAGAUUUAUUGUAAAUGUGGUUGUAAUAAUCUUAUUACUGUUAUAUCGAUAUCGAUGUCCUUGAUUUGGAUAAUUUAUUUAUUGCAACGAAAGAAAGAUGAUGAAAGAAAGGUAGAAAGAAAGAAAGAUACGAAAUAUUGUAUAAUGUACACUCCCUCUUCUCUCUCUCCUCUCUCUCUCUCUCUCUCUCUCUCUCUCUGUCUCUCUCUUUCUCUCUCUCUCUCUCUCUCUCUCUCUCUCUGUCUCUCUCUCUCUCUUUCUCUUUCUCUCUCUUUCUCUCUCUCUCUCUCUCUGUCUUUCUGUCUCUCUCUAUCCCUCUCUUAGCGAGAGAAAGGAGAUCAUAGCGAAAAUAUUAAUGCAUUACGCACGAAAUUAUAUAAAUAUAUACAUACAUACAUCUAUAUAUUUAUAUACAUUAUAUCGUAACGCGUUUUCUGGAGGCGGUUCUUUUUUUACGAAAAAAGUCCUAAAGAUAUUUCGACGACGUAAGAUUAUCAAGCGCAUAUUCAAUACUAUAAACUCUAUGCGUUUCCUAGUUAACGGAAAUAUAAUUCAUCCUGGCAAAAAGCGAAUCCCCGUAGGCAUGAUCUAUGUGGAUCGCGCCGAUCUACGGAACGCGCCGCUCGAUAAUUAUUAUUAUUAUCGAAAUGAUGGUUACAUAUUUUAGAUAAUGUUAUUAUCAUUAUCAUUAUUAUGAUUUUUAUUAUUAAUUGCUACUAUUACUAUUAUUAUUGUAUUUGGCAGGGUUACGACAUUAAAAAUUGAAAAAAGUCUA